AUGGUCUUCAUUGUGUUUGCUUUAUGUGGAUAUGAACCCCCAAGCAUAGAAAAGCAGGGAAGCGGGUCUUCAUCACUCUCUACGGGUUCUCAGAAGGAGAGAUCAAAAUCAAGUAAAAAAGGACCAGCCAAGACGAAAUCUGGCAAGACUGUUGAUCCUCUUGUGCCAGUAUUCAGUAUAAAUGAUAUAAAGGAGUGUGUUGAAGGAGAAACCUUGGUCAGUCUGGCAGCUUUUGUUGCCUCUGCACUUCCGGAGAAUGGUGGUGUUCCUCUGUCUUCUAUGCCAGAAGCACAUCUUAAGGAAGCAAUUGAUGUUAUCAGCUAUGAAUAUGAGGACAAAACAAUCUGGGUUGUCUCUAGUCCUCUCUGCGUGUAUUUUUGUUUCAUCUUGUUAAAUCUUUCCCUUCAUUCUGCCAUAAUGGAGUUAAAUUUUCAUUGUUUUCAGUGCCUGCAGAUUGGAUGGAUCUAUGGUUCUGUUACAGAAGAUAUUACUACAGGACUCAAAAUGCAUGCCUAUGGUUGGUAG